GUCUAUGCUUUUGCCAUCCUCGGCUGGGAGCUCCUCUGUGCACAGGAAGCCUGGGCAGGGUACACAGAUUUGUGCAAGCUCAAAGCCGUCUGCGUCGAGAACAAGCGGCCCAGCAUGGAUGAGAAGGCUUCGAAGUCGCGUUUGGGCAAGCUCAUUCAGGAGGCUUGGGCGCAAGACCCCGCGCAGCGACCCUCCUUCGAAGCGCUCCGCGAGAAGCUCUCGCAGCUGAGCAUCCCCAAGCAGUUGGCCAAGGAAGUGCCGAGCUAUUGGUCGGGACAAGACUUGGACCAAG